AUGACGACGGUUGUGUAUCUUUGCGCUGUGGAAAAUCAUCAGACCCGUGUGUGGUCAGAGUCGGGACAGCGGCUGCGAUGCCAGUUUCCUAAGAAACCAUGGUUUCUGGAGCUUGUUCAAGAGCACGAUUUGGCAGAGUGGCUGUCGGUGCGCAACCGCAAUGAUUCGGUAAAGUUUGCUUUGCACGGCAUCAUGAGCAUAUGUCCCGGCAUUUCGGCAGACGACUUGCUGUCGGAGUAUCCGAAAAGAUCCGAACUAGGGGUGUGGAGAUCCUUCUGGACAGCCCAAGGCAGCUUGUACACGGUCUUGGUGAAGGAGUGCUUGGUUUUCCAAGAACCCCAAGAGGUACACACAUACCUUGAUGUGCGUCAUGCAGAGCCUAGGCCCCUGCGAGGUCGGCCGAAUGCAUUGUCCCCUUUCCUUCCAUCCAAUUGCAAGCCAGAGCGCAUGCUCAAUGUGCCGGGGGUGUUGUGGCAGUGCGAUUCAUCAAGUCGCAUAGGAAACAUGACUGUGCAGGAUGCAUUGCAGCGCUGGGGGUUGGAGCUAACAGAAGCAUCUGUAGCCGUGCCAGUUGUGCAACCAGUCGCAGGGUUGAUCGUAAGAGGUGCUUGGAGUUCCGUUGGUUUGUUAGGGCAUUGGACGCUUCCACAAGAACUUUUCGAAACUGCGGAUUUCCCUCCAGAUGAGCUCAAGGAAAAACUUUUUCGACAGGAGCCGCACUGGUCAACCACCUUGUCGCACCAGCAAGUGUCGUUAAUGGCAGAUCGUGUCAGAUCUUGGGCCCCUGUGCUGUUGACAAACUCGAAUGAGGAGGCAGCUGGCCUCAUGCAGCUAGAGCUUGCAGACAUGAUUCAAUGGUUUGAAACCCUGCAGCGAAAUCUUGAGCAUCAGCCUCGCCCAUCCCACUACCCCAGUCACGUGAUGAUUGCUGCUGUGUUUUUGGCUUUCCUUUUGGGGUCACGAACACACAUGGCUGAGGCCAUUCCACUUGCAUUGAAGCUUGCUUUGCCUGGACUUGAUUUCGACGAUUUGGCCAAGCAUGUCAAGUGCCCCAAAACCACCACAUUAGCACGUGCAUCCACAUACAUGGACUUUGCAUACCUCAUGUUGUGCAGGGAACGUUGGAAGCAAACUCCACACCUGCUUUUCGCCUGGGCUGAUUCCUCCCCGCAAAGUGGGAGAGAGUGGUUCAUGAGUAUGGAGGCCUGCAUUCCCGAAUCCUCCCUUAUUGAGACCUUCCAGGUUGUGAAUAAGCUAAUCAGGGCGAGACCCGACUUGCAGGACCAUUUUGAAUCCCGAGAGUUGGAUCUCGAUGAGCUUCUGCACUGCAGCCGCACAUUGCAGGCAAAUCUCUUGCAUCACAAGAACAUACCUGUAGCAAUGGCCAGUGGUAAGACCAGAUUGGAAGACAAAGUUUCUUGCUUGCUUCACGUGUUGGCCCUUGAAAGCGACAGCCGUGCCUUCUUGACUCAGCAGCUGAGUCGUGUCGUGAGUUGGACCACUGACUUAGGCCUAGAGGUCCAAGUUCCGCAAUUUCAAGCAAAGGAUCCCGAAACUCUUGUACCAACUUGGCUGCACGCAAGCCUUCCGGUAGAGACCGAUGUGCAGGACAUCCCAUCUGAUUCAGAGGUUUCGUUGCAUGAUGGCGAUGGGCAGAAUCUUGCUGCUGCAGAGCAGCCGAGGCUCGACACAUCGUUGAUGCCAAGUUGCCUAAUUGUGCCGGGUCUGUUGCAUGUGUGUCAUAACUUGGCUGCGGAUCUCCAUGAGAAGAUGCAGCUUUGGGAGCCGUUCUGGGAACAGUUGAAGGAUGUGGCUGAACUGUUAGCGGAACGCCACCUUAGGGAGCGCCUCAUCAAUCAAUGUGUCCGUGGAUCAGCAGCAGCCCACCUGGAGCCAGACUUCCAACAAGCAGGUAUGUCGAAACUCUAUGAGAAACGCUGGCAGAAUGUAAUCAGCUGCUUGGAUUGUCUGAUGCCGCUUCUCGAGCCGUUGCGACAGGUGUGGAACUAUGAUACAUAUGUGUCCGACUCAGGCAUUGACAGAUCUGUUCUGCAAGGGGUGGACAAGGCUUUGGGAAGUCCCAUGUUCUUCCACUAUCUUCACAUGGUGUGGGCCGUCCACAAGCUUGUGUUCAAUUUCGAGUGUUGGGUCGAAGGGUGUCCUUGCCAUCAUGAAGUCAGGGAAUUCAGCAAAAAGCGGAAAUUCCGUCUGCACAGGCGCAAACCAGGUUCGGAUGUCUCCGUUAAGCAUUGUCCUAUGAAGGGCAAACGAAGUUGUGAGUUGGCCGUAGGUUGUAUCAACUCCACAUUCGAAGAACUCACCGAGUUGGCACAUUCGAGUUUCAUGGGUAUCGAUGUUUCAGGGUUGCCUGCUCUGACAGAAGAUCACAGAAAUGCGAUCUUGCGUGACUUCGAGUAUGCCAGAGCAUACCUCCAGUUCGGCUUGAAGUCGAAACUUGCGUUCUGGGAGACUGUGCCGUGGCGUCUUUGCGGUUUGGGUCAUCAUUUUGACUCGGUCGCUCGAAACUGUGCCGCCGAAUGCUUGGCAGAAUUCGAUAAGUCAUUGGAGGCAGGUCGGGUUAAAGCAGAGCAUCACCACCCACUUAGUGUGAAAUUCCUGUCCCCCGGUGGGCCGCUGCGGCAAUCUGUCGAAGCCUUCUCUCAGGGGAGCCCAAUGUCCCCUGAUUUGUUGCAGGCUGUGGCCCCCCUAAAAUUUGUGCCCUGUGUAGAGCGCGUGGUGGAAGGAUUGCACCGCGACGUCAAGAUAGCAUCAAAACAUGUUCAGCUUGGCCCCACGAAAGUGUCUAUGACCGUCAGGCUUCCCGAAAUCAAAAGGCAUGUUCAGGAAUCUCCUGAAUUCCUUAGCAGACUGACAGCUGCUUUUGAUCAGAUGCGCAACUUGAAGAAGGCAGCUGCAAUGCUUGGAGUGUUGCAGCACCCCGAGCUGCUACAGCUUCUUCAUGACAAGGUCGUUUCCACAACAGACUGGUGGAUUCGACUUCAAAAGAUCGUGCACCGCUGUGAUUUAUCUGAGCAAUUCGCCGAUUAUCGCGAGGCUAGGGUAGAGCACGACAAAAUCACAAAGAAAAUCCGGGAAGAAACUGCCCGUGUCCAUGAUGCACAGGCCUUGCCCACACCCCGGACGUAUGAUGCCAUCUUUAAGCGUGCAAUUGUUGAUCAUUUUCGAAAGAUGUCUGAUUCCAGCUGUUUCUUCUCGCUGCCUUCCGUGCAGCAGCUUCAGGCUGAUGCCAAUGGCGGUUGCUACGAGAUUCUUCCUUUGCAGACGGUGCAUGUCCGGGCCCAAGCACAGCUUGAAGCUCUCGGCAACAGUGCAGAUGUGGACGUGCUUGAACCCAACAUGAAUGCCACCGCUCCUGAUCAUAUGGUCUUUCGUGUGUUGCACGGUGCCCCUGAAAACCUGAAGCUUGCCCCAGGCAGUGUUGCUCUCAAACCAAUCUUUCCCAAAGGGUCUUCCGUCGUUACUGUGCAUGACAUCAUUCACGAUGAUGAGUCAAGCCCUGCAGUAAACAUGAGCGCUUUGGCAGCUCCCCAGCUGUUGAAAGAUUUGGAGCACUGUCCACUUUCCACGCUGCGUGAGCAUCUCCGUGUCUGGAAGGUGUCAGGAAAGGUUCAGUACACGUUGCCGUGCGUUGGGUUUCCAGGGCAUGAGGUGCUGUCUUGUGUGACUGCCAUUUUGGAUGCUAAAGCAUUGCCUGAUGAGCCGUAUGUCCAGCCACCAUUGUCUUCAGCACAGAUGUGUCGAGCACUUGCACAGAAUGGGCUUCUCCAGAUCUUGAAUCCUGCCCCGGGUCGGGAUUCUGCACUUGUGCGCUUUACACAGGAAGGUGUUCGCAGUUUGCGAGUUGUCACAGCUUUGGGCAAUCCCGCACCAGUUUGCAGCAUGAGCAGCCAACCUUCCAAGAAUUGGGAUGUGAUGGAGCUGAUGUUGGCUAUGGAGAAUGAUGGUUGGGUAUGGCAGCCCCUCCCGAAGAGUAAGUCAGCAAAACAAGCGUUGUGCUACAAGCCAGGCGAUGCCAAGGUCUGGUAUUCCUUGUCACACUUUGUCAAUAAGACUUACUUGCAGUGUCUGCUGAAAGCAGAGAACAUCUUUGCCGCUGGUGCUGUCGACAGAAUACCGCACUGGACAACAAGUCCCUCUGCAGUUUACACAGCCAUUCUUGCAGGAAAGCCAAUCCCCAUGCCAAGCACCGAACAGCAAGGGUUGUUGGAUGACGACGAUGUUGACAUUGGUGACCAUGCUGUGCAGGAUGAUGUGCAUCAGGGUCUUGAGCCCGCUCUUGCUGGUUUGGAGGUUCUUGAAGGUGCGGGCAGUGCCGAGGGUCGGGAUGAAGAGCACGAUGAAUUGGUGCAUGAGCUGGAGCGGUUGAUUGAUCAAGCCGAUAGCGAAGAUGAAGUUGUGGGGCAGGAUGCCAGGUCAGAGGACGACGGAGGCGGUAUUGGCUCUGUGCCGUUGGAUGAAGCUGAGACUUCAGAAGCAAUGCUUCCACCCCCACCUCCCCCCGCCGCCCCACCUCCCGGGUUGCCACGCAACAGGCCGGCUGAGGAAGACAAUGUCUCCGUGGAUUCGGAGCUCGAAAAACCCCCGGCCUGGGGGGUCUUCCGCAUCAACCUGAAGCAACCUGCUGCCGCAAGGGUUCACGGCGGGUAUGAAGCUCGUUGCCCAUUUCAUCGCAAGUCAGCCAAGACUGAUUGCAAGAAGUUCGUGUCGAUUCGCGGCAGCACUGCAGCCGACAAAGACAAUGCUCUUCGUGCCUUGAAAGCUUGGUGCAACUGUGCGGAAUCAUACAACCGCCAGAGGGAUCACAUCCAGCAUUUUGUUUCUCCCGAAACAGCGCCGUCCCAGGCAGUCUUGGAUGCAGGGCUCAUAACGCAAGCUCCCCCCGGCCGUCCUCGCACGGAUGAGGAGCUAGAUCGGGAGCGUGACGCAGCAGCCGCUGCUCUGCCUGCUCAUGAUGCUCAUGCUGAUGGUGGGGCUGUUGGUGUUGGGGGUGCUGCCGGUGCUGCCGUGUCAUCUGCAAAAGCCAAAGCCAGGGGUCGCGGGUCCGGUGCAGAAGCGGAGCAGGAUCCGCGCGGGGCCGCGGGAGAUCGAGUGCCAGAGUCGCCAGGCCAGGCCGCCGUCCGACGAAGCUGCGUCGGAUCCGCCGAGUUCUUCUUCCUCUUCGAGUUCCAGCUCGAGCAGCUCUUCAUGAGGCAUUGGGUCAUUCAGCUGAGAUUGAUGGUCAGGUCAGAUGAGAUAUGCUUUUAUUCGAUUGAUGCGGGUGGCUGGUGCAACAGCUACCCAGGCCACACGGGUAGCAAGCGACGGGCGGAGCCUAGCAGUGACAAGAAGUCAAAGGCCUCCACAACUCCCAAAGAUAAGCGUGGGCGAAGCAAGACAAGAUCGGGAAAGCCGGCAAAGAGAGACUCCCGUGGCACAGGGCGUCAUGAGAAGCGACAGACAAAAGAGAAGGGAAAGAAGCACUGCAAGUCCUGUGGUAAGUCGUUACCCUUGUCAAGCUUUGCCAUAAACCAGAGCAACUGCCUGGACUGCAAGAAAUGCUUGGACGUCUUGUCCAAGAAGUGCCGUGCGUGCGGAAAAAGCGCCUGGUUGGCAGAGGUGAAACAGUGUCCCAAGCGCCUCAAAGCCUUGAUCAACGCUUACCGGGCGGCUGUCGUGGAAGCAAAAUCAAAAGGACAGAAGACCGCGACCUUCAGCGUCAUUACAUACAUCGAAACAACCAAAGCCUCGUCAGCAGUUGAAUCCGUCGCAAGAGGCACCAUGAUGUGGCAGGACCAGGCGGUGGAACACUUUCAAACCCCAGCAGGAGGAUCUUUGUCGAAAGCCGCAGCAGAGGCGAAGUGGAAAUCCAUGUCUGAUUCAGCUGAAGCUGAUGGAACGAUCACGGAUACAUUGGGACCCAAGCAGGCUCCACUCAGGCUCAGGAUCCACAUUGGCGACGAUGUUAACUUCGUCAACAAGUACAGCCGCUCUAAGCCCCUCAGCUUCACAACGAGGCGUGUGGAGGCUGUGGGGGCCACAAAGAAGAAGGGCACAGAGGAGGAUGUGAGAAAACUUGGCAAGAAUCUCAUGCUCAGCCAUGAGAGUGUUGCCGGUGCCCGUGCCUUGUCAGAUGUGGCGAACGACCUUGCUGGUGGUCUUGGAAUGGAAGGUCACGCAGCGGCUCUGGGAGAUGUCGAAGCCCUUUGCCCGGCUUCAGAGCCGGAGGCAUCUGAUGACUCGGGGAGUGGCGACGACUCGGAAAAGUCUGCGGGCGAGGACAAGCCGGCAGGUCGAAAAUCGUGGUUCGACCGUGAUCGCGAGGUCAACAAGGCAGCCAAGAUUGCUAAGGGUAUCCUGGAGAGACUGUGCGAGCUAUCCAAAGGCGAGCUGCAGAAGAUGGUUGCCGCUAAGCGCGAGUAUGAUUCUCUCCGUGCAAAGGAUAAAAAGCAAUUGGAAGGAGAUCAUGCUAUCAUGCUCGGCAGGCAGAAAUGCCUGGAAGCAGUGCUUGAUGGUCCUAGUGCACUUGCCAACUACAUCAGCAGCUUCGAUGCAGCGGCUGAUGACAAAGGUUCCGUGAAAUCUGAGUCCGUCAAGGCUUUGGGCUCGGCUUCCCCAUCGCGAACCUUCCGCGACCUGCGGGCUUUCUCAGACUGGGAGAUUCAACUUGACAAGAUCAAUGAGUGUGAAUCCGUGGAGGCCAUUGAAGAGCAGAAGGCGAUCCUGCAGAAGGACUUCAAGAACCCAAUCGCUGACUUGGUCAGCGCCGCCAAAUCCGCUUUGUCUGACCUUCAGCGAGGCCUGAAAGUCGUCAAGAAAGCUGCUGCGGGUGCAGCUGCCAAGGCAGCAUCGGGAACAAGCAAAAAAAAGGCCACUGCAUCAGUGCACGGCCCAGCCAAGCUAUUCCAGGCUGCCGACCACAUGGCUUCUGUGUCAGUGAUAGCAGAGGGCGAGGAGUUGAGUGAUUUCGACAGCCCCGCAAUCAUCCGCUCAACUCCUGAGAAGUUAAGCGAGUUCGAAGCGAGCCAUCCAAUCAAGAAGGCCAUCAUGCAGGAGUUUGCGCAGUUGUUCAGUGCACAAGCAAGUGCACAGCGGGUGGACCGAGCACACAAAAGGUUUGCUGCAAACACAGACGUCUACCACGCCAUGGCAUCGAGGAUGGGUUCCUUGCUUCGUCAAGCCGGGCCGUGCUCUUCCCCAGAAAUCCCCCAAGAUGUCAAGGCCGCGAUGGACGUGCAAGCGGUCAUUGUUGCAAAGAAUGUCAUCAAGAUUGCCACGGAGAAGCAUCAGUCAGGUUGGGCACUUACUUGA